GCGGCGGCGGCUGAGGGGCGGCGGCAGCUGCUGCCGGAGGGGCAGGGCAGGGCUCCGGGCGCUGGGCGGAGACUGCGCGUCGCUCUCCUCGCUCCCCGCCACCUGCGGCCAUUUGCCAAGGGCGGGCUCCGGCGAGACACACCUGAGCGGCCGCCGCCUGGACAGCGCCUGGGUCGCGCUCAGCACGGGCGGCUCCAUGACCAGCAGCGCCGACCGCGGAGGCGAGAUGGAGGUUGAUAAUAACAAACAGGAAGUAUUCCAGAGGAAGAAGAAUGCUGUCUUGGUGAAUGGUGUCAUUCUGAAUGGCCCGAUAACAGAUUCCAAAGCAGGAGAGAAAUUUGUUGAAGAGGCAUGUAAGAUAAUAAUGGAAGAGGUUGUACAGAAAGCUGCUGAUGUAACAGAGAAGGUUUGUGAAUGGCAGCCCCCUGAAAAACUGAAAAAACUUCUCGAUCUGGAAAUGAGGGAUACCGGAGAGCCCCAUCAGAAACUCUUGCAACUUUGCCAGGACAUUAUACGAUACAGCGUCAAAACUAAUCAUCCAAGAUUUUUCAACCAAUUGUACGCUGGUAUUGAUUAUUACUCUUUAGUGGCUCGUUUCAUUACAGAAGCAUUAAACCCAAGUGUAUAUACAUAUGAGGUGUCCCCCGUGUUUUUGUUAGUGGAAGAAGCCGUCCUGAAGAGAAUGAUUGAGUUCAUAGGUUGGAAAGAAGGUGAUGGCAUAUUUAAUCCAGGAGGCUCUGUUUCUAAUAUGUAUGCUAUGAACUUAGCUAGGUAUAAGUAUUGUCCUGAGAUAAAGGAAAAGGGGCUUUCAGGAUUGCCAAGACUGGUUCUUUUUGCAUCAGAAGAGUGUCAUUACUCCAUGAAUAAGGCAGCUUCUUUUCUGGGCAUAGGAACGCAGAAUAUUUACUUCAUCGCCACAGAUGAAAGAGGUAAGAUGAUACCUGAGGAACUGGAGAAACAAGUCCAGCGGGCCAGGAAAGAGGGGGCAGCACCGUUCCUUGUCUGUGCCACAGCUGGUACAACUGUGCUGGGAGCAUUUGAUCCUCUGGAUAAAGUAGCUGAUAUCUGUGAAAAAUAUGGCCUUUGGCUGCAUGUGGAUGCAUCUUGGGGUGGUUCAGCUUUGAUGUCAAGGAAGCAUCGCAAGCUUCUACAAGGCAUUCACAGGGCUGAUUCUGUUGCCUGGAAUCCCCAUAAAAUGCUGAUGGCAGGAAUCCAGUGCUGUGCUCUUCUGGUGAAAGACAAUUCUGACCUACUUAAGAAAUGCUAUUCUGCAAAGGCUUCCUACCUUUUCCAGCAAGACAAGUUCUAUGAUGUCAGCUAUGACACUGGAGACAAGUCUAUCCAGUGUAGCAGACGACCAGAUGCAUUUAAAUUCUGGAUGACAUGGAAGGCAUUGGGAACUGCAGGACUCGAGGAAAGAGUAAACAGAGCACUUGCCUUAGCCAGCUAUCUGGUGGGUGAAAUUAAGAAAAGAGAGGGAUUCCAGCUUCUGUUGGAGCCAGAGUAUGCAAACAUUUGCUUUUGGUACAUUCCACCAAGCUUAAGAAAAACAGAGGAAGGACCUGAGUUCUGGGAGAAGCUCCAUCAGGUUGCUCCUGUAAUUAAAGAGAGAAUGAUGAAGAAGGGCAGCAUGAUGUUAGGGUACCAACCCCACCGUGGCAAAGUCAACUUCUUUCGCCAGGUAGUGAUCAGUCCCCAGGUGAGCCGUGAAGACAUGGACUUCCUGCUGGAUGAGAUCGACUCGCUUGGCAGAGACUUGUAGCUGUAGUUUAACAGCACCAGGCACUGCUUAUAUGCAUGAUGUUUACAGAUCAAGAAUGCUUGUAGCACACUGGUAUUAUAUUUUAUAACAGGUAGUUGAAAGUUCAACAAGUAGCGGUACUUAGGAUUUUGCUGGUAGAGUUCCUCUGGACUUGAGCAUCUGAGCAUACAGUGGUCAUAACUGAGCCACUGCUUACAGCAGCUGAAUAAGGGGCACCAUCAUUCCCAUUCUGAGAAGAGUAACCUUCUGGUGAUGCUUCUGAUAAUGACCUUCUGUAGGCUAAUCGGGCAAGUAUCUGGUACGUACCGGUGGAGAGAGUGGGCCAGAUUGGCCACUGACAUAAGCAGGUAUGACAUCAUUAACUUCAGUGCAGUCAUGCCUGCUUAUGUCAGCCAUGAAUUUAGCUCAGUGAGUAUUAAAAUCAAAGCACAUCUCUAAUCCGUUAAUAUAUUAGCCUGGCAUGCGUUUAAGGGUAAAGGCCCAUCAGGUGAUUUGAACUAGUUAUGCCUGAUGUUAGGGGUCCUGUAGUUCUCUCAGUGAAAACUCCUAAACCAGUAAAUUGCCCAGCACAAAAUGGGCCCAAUCAGCAUUUGCCCACCCAUAAACUUACCAUGAUUUUAGCAGAGCUGAGAAUGUUGGAAUGGAGAUACCAUUUAAAAACUUUUUGUCAACAGGAAAUAUGUACAAUAUCUGAACUACUGUUCAUAUUUCCUUUCUUUUUGAAGGAUAAACAUUUCUUUAGCAACUUUAGAUGUGCAUAAAAAUGUUAACCAAAGCAUUAGAAAAGUAUAUUUAUCUCAAAGGGGUGUAUUUUUAUGCAGGAUAGCUACUUAUUAAGAAUUGACAUAAGAAAGCAUUGUAUUUAUUAUGGUCUCUUAAGACUUUCCGACAGAUUUAAAAAACGCUAGCGCCUGUGUGAUUAAUGUGUAAUUCUUUUUUGGCAUUAAACUUAAGCUGCUGAGUAAGUUAAAAUUUGUUUGUGAUUUUAGCAUAUGAACAUUGUUAAAAAAAUAAGUGAAACACCAAAAUUAACGUCUACUCUUUAUAGUUAUUCAUAAUUACAGUAUAUUUGGACAAAUACUUUUGAGUGAGCUAGUUUAAUUUUUCUAUCUAUAAAAUGAUUAUUUCAGUCAUAAAAAUAGAUAGAAAUCAUAAAUGCAUCGUGGUAUGGGAUGCUAGCAGUAAACUUAAGGCAGUGGCUACAUUUUUCACUUAUAAUUUGUGACACCUGUGAUGUGUUUUCUUUGUUUCAUGAUCUGUCUUUGAGGAAGCACUGACCAAUAUGAAUUUUUGUGUUCUCACGUCUGUAUUGAUGAAAGCAGUCUUUAAAUGCAGUUCUUGACGUUUUCAUUUAAUAUAUUGUGGUAGGAUCCAGUAUUGUAGAACAUUCCCAUUUUCAGUCUCCAGGACACCACUGUGGAAAGUUUAAGUAAGUCAGUAUAAGUCACACUAUCAGAGCAGUAGAUGAGAAUAAGAGCUUGACAGACCUCUGUAGAGUAUACUGAGACUGGAUAGUUUUGAGCCUUAGUACACUAUUGAUAUUACUGGGGCAUUCUUAUAAAAAUCAUUUGCAUAACAUAAUCCUUUAUUUUUGCCCUUUAAUGCUUACUGAUUCACAUAAGCAAACACUAUCUAUGGCUUCUGGGUUUACCAGCCAUCGUAACAACAUAAUUUAAAACCCUGACCCAGCCAAGGACUCCAGUACCUGCUUGAAGUUGAGCACUUGGUAGUUCAGGGCCCCAUUCCUCUGAUAGACAGCCAGGCACUCUUAACUGGUAUGUAAAGAACCUAUAGAGCACUGAGUUAUCAGAAUUGCUUUGCGACUGCUUCUUGAGAUAGAUACCCUAGAGUAACCAUACACUCUUUUGUUUUUUGUUUUUGUCUGAGUAAGAAAAGUGUCAGAACUUUCUAAUUCUGGCCCAGGUUCUGAGCUGAGAAUCUCAAUGAGUUGAAUAAAGCUAUCCCACCGUACACCAGCUGAGGAUUUGGUCCUCUGUAUUUACUACUAGUAAAUCGCGUCCCCAUGCUAUUUUGUUCCUCUUAACAUAUUGCUGCUUUCCUUUAUUUCUAGUGAUUUGAGACAGUCACAGUACACUUGUGUUUGUCUGUCUGAAAUACCACUGUUCUAAUUCUGUCAUAGUAGUAGCUGUAUAUUUAAACAAAAGCCAAAAUCAACUUUUUUUGAAUAUUUGCACAAAAUAUUUCUUAGACUUACACUUGCACUGUAUUUGGUUUCUUGAAAGAUGAAGGUUAACCUUACAGUAUGAUGGAAUUAACUUAUUUGAAUUCUGUAUUUUCUCUGUUGUCGGUUCCCUGUAACACCCAAGGUAUGUAAUAAGAAGGUCUUGCUUCGGAUUGUAAUGGCAUUUUCUUAUAGUAGCUUAUUUAGAUUUAAUAAAUGCAAAAUGUCUAUUUUUAGUCGAUAAAUUGAAUAAAAAGUAAAGUUAAUUGACACUCUUAAAAA